ACUUUAGUGUCCCUUUAAGAAACUGUGCCGCCAAUUCUCGGUUAACGUUGCUACUGGACCUUCGCCCGCUGUCCCAGCAGUCAUCCCUGGAGCGGAUCGUGGGUGACGCACCGGCGCUCGGGUCGGCCAACCUUGAGCUGGACGAGCCGCUCCUCUCCGACUGCCUUCUGGUGCUUCCCAAUAUAGUCUCCGUUCAUUCCGCCUUGGAUCCUGUGCUUCACAUAUGGGAUGUCCUGUCAGACGAAGUUGCGCUGGAUGACGUGGACUAUGCCUACUUGCGCAAGUGUCCGGAAGUGAUCCUGGGAAGCUGGCGUGAGCUGCCUGGCACCGCCCUGUCGUACAGAGAUGUUGGCGUUGCCGAGGUCACAGGCGCUAGGAGUUUCUGCCCCGCGGUUCAGAAACUUGAGGUGGUGUUUGAGAAGAAAGAGGCCCUGACCGCCGUCAUCGACUUCAAGCAGCUCACGAGCUUGUCCUUGAUGUUCGCCGGCAAAGGCAAGUGCCGCGCCGCGGAAACCGAUCUGUCGAAGAUCGUUAGGCAGUUUGUCGAUUUGGAGCGACUCGACCUGCAAUUCUUCAGCGACGUCGACCUACGUACCAUCGCCGAGCACUGCCUGAAACUUACGAAUCUCUCGUUGCAUGGUUGCACUCUCGCCCCCGACGACAUUGACGCCGCACUCCUGCCGAAGCGUCUUAGAUUCCUCCGCAUGGGACCGCCGAUCGAACCAAUAGCAACGUUUCAUUCGCUGCUCGAAUGCAAUCGCGAGGUUCUUGACGUACUUCGGCUAGAAGGCGACGUCGCGUCCGCGGCGUUUCUCGCCGUUUGUGCCAAGACGGAGUUUCCGAAUCUUCGACGUCUGACGUUGGACACGAGUCGGUCGAUAUGUCAACUGGGCACCCAGCCAGAAGACUUGCACGAAGUCGUCAAGAACCUGCCCGCGCUGAAGUGUCUGGUCACGGACAGCUAUGACCUGAGGCUGUACUUCGAGUGCUACGUCCCAUCGGUCGUGAUUUCGUGGUGCAUCUGCACGGUUUGCAUCACUGAACGGUCCAGGCAGCACGUAGCGGACAGAUAGACAUACAGUUUGUGACGGCCGAGUCAUUCGCUGGCACCUGGCUUUGUAGCCGCGCAUGACUUGAACCCAGCACAAUUGAUACCCGCCCUAUUGAAAAAAAAAUGCUGCACUUCAAAUAAUCCCAUAGGAACAAAUGGGGGUCUCGUAUAAAGACAUGUUCCCAUUAUAUAUCAUAUUGGUCAUGCCCCCGUAUGAUAUAUGGGAACAUACAGGUUUCUAUAUGGGGUUCCACGUGUUUAACUGGGAUUAUUAAUUGUGGCACUUAAAGGGUCUUUGAUUGAGCGGAAUACUUGAAUGACGUAGCAAAGAACCUGCUGGUAUUGAAGUGCUUAGUCAUGGGCAGCCUAUGAUGUACUUCUUUGCACUACGCUUCCUCAAUAACCCUCUCGUGUUGUCUGGUACUGUCGUCCUUGUUGAUUGGACCAGGCAUCGUGGGAAUGAUACUGCAGGUGCUUAUAUAUUGUACAGACCAGACUUGAUAAACUUUGGCACUCGCGUUCCUGACACGAGUUGGGACGGUUGUAUUGUCGCGGCAACUUUCUCAAGCCGCCGCUGUACAACACUCAAGCUUUGAGACAUUGUUUUUGCGCGACAACUGGCUUCCAAGGUCGACACGUUGUUUUAAGAGGCUCCGACGACUGCUUAGUUUGAUUGCUCAUAAGCUGUUCCAUUUCCUCCUGUGACGUUUUUGGAGUACAACACCGACAGGCAGAAGACUUGGCAGUGAUGUAUUUUACUUACAGAAUUUAUUAAUAAACGCAGUGACGUUUAUUUA